AUGGCUGACAGAGCCGACCGCAAUCAGACGAAUGAUAUCCCUGAAGAAGACAAUACAGAAACUCUAGAGUUAAUCGGACCCCAGUUGCCACCCAGUCCUUGCGCCCAGUGUCAUACCACAGCAGAUCCACUGACCUCCUGCUCAAAAUGUGACACGACAUCAUACUGCAGCAAAAUCUGCCAAAACCUGCACUGGCUAGAGCACAAAUAUUCCUGCAGGCUCGGAAGACCCUUAGACCAGGCGGAUGACUUCAUUCUGGCGUGCCAACGAGAAGAGUUCCCAACAGAUGACCUUGUAGCAAAGGCCUUUGGCUUUCUAUACUUCGCAUCCUCCAACGGCCGGAGACGAAUUUUCCACAUAUAUUGCCAACUAGUAAAUGUUCAUGGAGUAACCGAAGAUGAACUUCGAGAAGCAUGGCGAAGCAACAAACUGAAGGAAUUUCUCCUCUUCCGCGGCUCCCAGAUACCUUCUUCUGCACUCCAACGAGAUAUGCGUUGGCUACAUCAGCAGGAGGGAUUCGCUACCGGCGCAGAAUAUGAGAUAGAAGAGAAUUUCAAAUCGCAACUUCAUCUAGUCGAGCCACGAGAUCGCAAAAUCCCAUUUGAUCAGUGGGAGCCGCGGGAGAAACUGGAGACAUACGUAUUCUUCUAUCAAAUCCUGAACGGAUUCGUUCCAGACGCAGACGAAGACAACUGGAUUUUGCUUGGUUUCUGCACAGCCCGAGACAAUCGGGGUAUUAACAUGCUCGCAACCCUCUACAGGAUGCUUAUCGACAGGUGCAAAUUUCAAGAAUUUUGGAAGGCCAUGGAACGGUCCGAUAUGGUCGGUCUAUUCGAGCAUUACGGUCUUGGACACGCAAUCGCAGAGCUGCGCAAUUUCAACCACCUCAUGAAGGCCGUGGGAACCUGGUACCAAAGUGUUUGGGAAUUAAAGCGCUUUACUAGACUCCCGAUGGCAAAUCCGAUGCAGGCUGCCGCUUUAGACUAUGGGUUCGACAAAUGCCAGACGCCGCGGGAGCGAAUGGCUCUCCGACAAAUGUACGCGGAGUUCUUCGCCCGGGGUGGAGAUGAGAUGGGCCUUCAUCAGGCCUGUAUAGAUGGCCAGUUGGCGUCCUUCCUACGAUCAGAGCUGCGGGAACUUCCUGUGUCGGACGAUUUGUUAUCGAAUCCAUAUCCUUUGGAACGAUGUAGACACAUGGGUAUGGUGGUUGAAAAUGCGAUUUCUUGCUCGGAAUCCAACUAUGACUUUGUGAAGAGAUUAUACGAUGAAAGAGGAGAAAAGGCAGUUAUCUUGACUCAUCCUGAUGAGCAAGAUGAGGCGAUGAGUGAGGGCAUGAUAGAACGAUUGCAGUUUUUGGGAGGAUCAGCGAGGUUCCGGAAGACGGAAUUUCAAGGGGGUACUUUUAGAGAGAUGGAAACGAUGUGUUGA